GACCGAAGGAAAGAAACCCCAACCCUGAGCGCUCCUCCUUCGAGUGCAGCGAGAUAUGCGAUGCUUCGUAAGGAACAAUUUUGCUUUACUUCAUUUUGCUUCGCUCAUAUGACACUUGCCUACCUCUAUUAGCUCGUUAGCUCGAUAUAAUAAUGAACGGCGGCAACCAUUUCGCUAGUGGGCCGCUGACACCGGCGGAGGUAGCUUUUCUCUGCGAAGCUCAAUCGAUAACUAUUAUCCCCCGACAACGUCUUGACGGGCUCGACCUCAUCGGUGUUCGUUUCCCCCUCCUCCGCGUUUCUAUCCGGCAAUAUAUUAACUGAGCGCCCAGGGGUACAUCCCCCCCUUCCACCCUCCCCAACGCACCACAAUCCCCCUUUGGCUCGCUCUCCUCCUAAAACGCCAACGCCGUUGCAACAUCGUUCCGCCCCCCUGGCUCUCGGCGCCGAACAUCGAACGAAUUCUCAAGAUCGAAACCGAAAACCAAAAUCUCUUCUGUCCCGACCUUCCCUACCGCUGGCUCGAAACUGCCGAACUCCUUCUGGAGGCCUGCCCCGACGACCUCGGCGGCGAUGACGGCGAGCUGCGCGUACUGCUGAGGGGUUUAAGAGAGGUGAGGCAGGGGAAGGUCAGGGAGGGGUUGGGGAAAUUGGAGGCGACCUAUUUGCAGAUGAAUAAUCUGGGACUGCUGGAGAUUACGGAGGUGCGCGGGUUUGCGAAGAGUGUUGUGGACGGACUUAGAAAGAUUGGAGCGAGUCGGGAGGAGGCGAGAAGGAACAGGGAGGAGGAAGAAGAGGAAGAGGGCAGGUAUAGGGGUGGGACUAGUCUUGGGAUGGAUGAUGAUGAUUUCUAGAUGGGUGGUGUUUGUAAUCCAUGGCAUUGUGGGUUGGGGAGAGUUAUUGGCGGGGGGGGUUCCUCUCACAAGAGAAACAUAAUUACCGUGCUGUAUCGUACAUACUACCCUUUUUUAUAUCC